AUGGACCUGAGCCCCCUCACCCCUCGCCCCCUCACCAGCCCCACCCACCACCUCAACGUGGCGACGAUAUGCUCCCUAAUCCUCAUACUAUAUGCUGCUUACUAUAUCCUCGUCAGGCGAUACGCCUCUAUCACCAUCAUAGGACCACUUUGCCGCGCAGAGGUGGGUGAGAACCGCGAGACGACAGAAGAGCUCGUCCGGAGCUGGUGUGGCAGCCUCAAGCAGGGAUUCAGGGCAAGCUGGUGGUUACCCAUUGGCCAUGCUCAGACGAUCUACUCGGCGCUCGCAGACUUCUCCAAGGACGACCAGCUUGUAUAUCAAAGACAAUUGUUGAGACUUCCAGAUGGAGGAACCAUCGGUGUGGAUGUUUAUCCCAAACUGUGUGUCAAGUUGCCCAAUAGCGCCCCCGUCGUGAUCGUCAAUCAUGGCCUCACUGGGGGAGCUCAUGAAAGCUAUAUUCGAAAUCUGGUCUUGUGCUUGGCAAAACCCAUGAAAGAUGGAGGGCUUGGAGCCAGAUGCGCUGUGGUCAACUUCCGAGGCUGUGCAAAUACGCCACUCACAUCCCCUGUGCUGUACUCUUCCGGGAACACCAUCGACAACCAUACUGCCACUCUCUACCUCGCUAGCCUCUUUCCUGAUGCCCCUCUGGUCGGCAUCGGCUUUUCGCUCGGCGCUGCUGUCAUGACUCGCUACAUGGGUGAGCAAGGUGCAAAAAGUCGUUUACGCGCUGCAGUAGUACUCUGCUGCCCAUUGGAGUUUAGAUCAGUCACGGCCAAACUCGACUCUGCGCACAUCUUUCCACGGCUCUACUCUCUCUCCAUGGCACGCAAGAUCCUUAGCUCCAUAUACCCACACCUACUGCCACACUCGGCUCUGUCCGGCCCAUCGUCCGAGCUCCACAGCUCCAUCCCAGAGAUCCUGUCCCUUACCGCGUCAUUCAAGUACAAGUGGACUCUUCGUGCGAGCAAGGUCAUGGAGUUGGUGGUCACCAAGGUCGGGGGGAGUGGACCAUGUUUCCCCUUCGAGGGUAUGGACUCCUUCAUGGAGUGGGCCUGUCCCAGUGGAUGGCUUGGAAAAAUCAAAAGGCCAACUUUGGCUAUCUCUGCCCUUGACGACCCAAUUGUUUCGGGCGACUGUCUCCCUUUCUCUGCCAUCCGGAGCUCUUCUCACAUGGUACUAGCUGGCGUCCCCCAAGGCGGCCAUCUUGGGUGGUUUGACGGCCCCUUGUUUGGCCCCGAGCGACACCGCCGCUGGCAUGUCCGCCCCAUCAUCGAAUUUCUUCGCGGUGUCAUCCAAACUCUCCCCAAAUCCGCUUCCGAGAAGGCACUUCCGGUCAUCAAGGUCGUGGAGAAGGAGAAUGGCUGGUGCUGGGUGCGAGACGUGGGGUGGAGGGUUCUGGAUGAGGAUGAGGAUGUGGGUUGGGCGGGAAGCAGAGGUUACGACGAAGGCACUGUCCAUGUCGCUUUGUGA